UACGUCAUUUCCGUUAGCGCUUUCCCACGCCCUCUCCUCCCUGUCUUUUUCCAAAGGGAAGGUGUACACGGCACGUAGCGAAGGAUGGGAUUAAGUAGGUGUUGCACUGGAACGUGCCGAGUAAGCUUCAAAUCGAUCUGGUAAAACCAGAAUCUGCAUUAGAAUAAAUAAUCGUAAGGAGACUUCUGGGAGAGGAACAAGAGAGAACGAACAGAGAAAAGCCAAUGAAAUAAAAAGUAAACUUCCAUGGCCUCCCUGAUAAAUACAGUUGCCCAACGGCCUUCUCCUCCGGGCAAAAUGGCAGCUGAGUUUGACUUUCGAUCUGGAGCCAACACGGACCGUGUUUGUGAGCUUGUGCUGGACUUGGUUCAGUUUGAGCAGAGGGAGUUUGAUGAUCAGACGGCGUUGGAGGUACACACUGCCAAAGACUUCAUUUUUAGCAUGCUAGGUGUUGUUCAGAAGAUUGAUCAAAGGUUGCCCAUCGCAAAUGAAUACCUAUUGCUCUCUGGUGGUACUCGUGAUGGUGUUUUAGAUUUGAGCCCUGAUAAUUUAGGGGAUUAUGCCAAAGGAGCAGACUAUGACUUAGACUUCACUUUACUGGUUCCAGCAUUAAAACUACAUGAUCGUAACCAGCCAGUUACCCUGGACAUGCGCCAUUCUACACCCUGCCACUCCUGGCUUAGUCUGCGGCUAUGUGACCGUGCAACCUUAUCUCGCUGGCAGAGUUGCUGCAAGGGUGUGCAAGAUGGUGAUCAAAGUGAUGGAUAUUAUUUCUCUCCUACUUUAGUUGUAGACUGGUUUUCUGGUGCUGUGCUGAAGGCUGUCAAUGAACUACGGAGGAAUCCUCAAAGAGGUACCCCUGUCCCAGAGCGUGUGGAAAGAAAUGGCCCAGUCACUACCUUGAUCCUGACUGCAGGAACCAGUCGUAUCCUUUAUGACCUAGUUCCUGUAGUAUCUUUCAGGGGCUGGCCAGCAGUGGCUCAGGGUUGGCUCAUGGAGAACCAUUUCUGGGAUGGCAAAAUCACAGAAGAGGAAGUAAUCAGUGGUUUCUAUUUGCUGCCUUGUUGUUCUCCACCUUCCAGCACUGAACUGUUGGUUGGCAUUGAUAGUGGAAGUCAACCAGACAAGGAGUGGCGCUUAGCCUUCUCCCGCAGUGAAGUUCAAUUGAAGAAGUGCAUACCACUGCCUUUGGCUCAUGCAUUUCAGGCUGCAAAAGCAAUCAUUUCAAAACUUCUAGCUCGCCCUAAAGCUGGUGUAAGCCCCUAUCAUCUACGUACUCUUAUGUUCUGGGCUUGUGACCGGCUUCCUUCUACAUACUUGUCUUCCAAAGAGAGCAGUGUCCAAGGAGGGCUUCUUCUCGGUCUGUUGGAUGAUCUCGCCCAUGCACUUCUAAACAAAAGUUGUCCAAAUUAUUUCCUUCCACAGUGCAAUAUGUUUGAGCACCUAUCAGACACUACCGUUCUUCUAUUGGCACGCAAAUUGGCCUGUGUCCGUUCAGAUCCUGUCGAACAUUUGAGAACAGCCAUCGAACAGGCAAAAGUGACUGGUCAUCUCAAGAAUGGGCAGAUGAGCGCAGGUUCAUCCAGGCCUGCAGAAGAUGACCGCCUGGCAAAACGUUUGCAGCAGCUGGUGACUGAAAAUCCCGGAAAAUCCAUUUCAGUCUUCCUCAAUCCAGAGGAUGUCAGCCGACCACACUUCCGCAUAGAUGAUAAGUUCUACUGAAGUGUCAUGAAAGAAGUCAUUUUCUUUUUCAUAAUCAUGUUUGGUUUUUUAAUUUCAUCUGCCUAAUUUUGUCUUAACUAUUGUGUUGACCUAGGACCACCCGAUAUUUGAGUUUCUUCAUAGGGCAGAAACUACUACUGAGGAAAAUUGAUUAAUCAGGAAAAAAAGCGAGAGGUGUGGUUGUCUUUGCCCAAAUGCAUUCCAUUUCAGUAAGACAUUAUCACCAAAGAGUUUUAUCAUAACUACUGCUUUAACAGUAAAAAUGGUACACUGUAAUUUUCAGAAUCUUAACAUGGUUAAACCUAUUUUAAAUAUUCAGUCUUCAGUAAUUACGCAACCCCUGAAUGUAGCAUGUUCAUGAUCAAAGACAGUAAUCGGACAAAGGCACUUCAUUUUCAGCCUGGUGAUACAAGAGUUUCUUGGCCUUUUUAAAGAAGUAGCCUCAAGAGCACAACUGUUUCUCUUUUCAUAAUUUGACGGCCUUGGAAAAUUUGAUAGUUGCGUUUUUAAGUGUCCCGGCUUGAGUCUUAAUUCAGAAUUAAAUGAGCUGUAAUGAUUUUAGAAGUUUUUGUUUAUCACAAAGCUUAUAUGAGCUCCAGUCUUUUUAAUACCGUUAAUCUUUCGGAUGUGGUAAAACGCAUUUUAGUCUAAUUUUAUUUGUUUUUGAAGUUGAGGUACGUUUUUGUUGUAUUUAUAUUUUGGUUGUUAAGUGUUGUUAAGUUAUUGUUACUGUGUAUGUUUUGCAAUAUCUUAAGAAACGUGCUGAACAUGGCUUGCAUUAACAGAAAAGAGUGUUGUAGGAUUUCCCAUAAUUCUGUUAAGUGCAAAUUGUCCAAAGAGUCCAUCUUUUACCAACAGUUAUACUCCAUGAUGGGCUACAACUUUUGACUCGUGUGUACAGUUUACAGGAUCUCAAUGUGGAGAUUUACGUAUCUCAUCUCACAUCUCUGCCAACUGUAUUCCAGCUGGCGCAUAUACUGGCUGCAAGAAAAAAGAAACUGCAAUGAUCCAAAUUUUCAAAGCAAAAUAAGCACAUUUAGUCUUUAAAAUGUGGAUAUUUUACGUUCACAUGUCAAGGGAAGUAUUUAAUCUUUGUAAAAAAUAUGGUUGUGUGUCUUGAUGCACAUUUACAUUAAAAACUUUUUCCUGUGGCUCAUUGUUUAAAAUAGGUGGACUGUUAAUGUUUGUGUACGAGUUUAAAGAAAGAAAGAGAAAGAAAAGAAGAAACAGAUUAACAAGGCCUAUUGGCGUUUGUAGUUUAGCUGCAUUUUAACAGAUAUUAUUAAAUGAGCCACCAGUGCUUCUUGAAAGCAGUUUGGUGUCUAAACAUGAAACAUUUAAACUGGAAUAUGUGGUACAUGUAAGGAAAAUCUCCGAUACGUUCCUCCUUACUGUAAGCUACAGUGCAAUAUGGUGAUUUUGUGUCCUUCUCCUGUGUGUGUGUGUGUUUUCCCCCUCUGUCACUUGUGUUUUGUCCAGUGUUAAUUAAAAAAAAAAAAGUCAUUUUUGAUGCAAUGUUACACAAACUAAGCAAGCAAAUGGUUGCUGAAUGUAUCCAAUUACCUCAGUUAAUGGCUUCAUUUUUCUUAAAUUAUGAACAUUAGAUUAUAAUCAAUGCAAUAUUUUAUAUCUAUUUAAAUUUAACUUAAUUGAUUUGUAUAUUUUGAUUUCUGAAAUUAAAGCUUUAUAAGCAGGCAAAGCUUACUCUCUGCAUUUUGGAAAACGGAUCAGGUAGACACUAGAGGGCAGUAACCGAUUACAGUAGAGUUCGUCUGGGUCCUCAUUGUGAGCUGUUUUAUUGAUCAUUAGCACAGAGUGUGUUCUGAGGUUGAAACACAGACAUUGUUCUAGUUUGGUCAGUAGAAAGAGAGCACAAUUUGUAUUUUAUUCACUCAUGCUGUGCACAGUGCCUUAUGAUGAUGCACACUGUGAAAGGUGCUAUGUAAAAUAGAUUGAUAAUAUUGAAAGUUGAAACAAAGGAUUAGAAGAUUUUUCAUAGAAUUAUGAAUAUUUUACACAGUAAUGUUUUGGUGAACUUAGAACACCCGCACUACUUUCAUUAAUGUUAACAUCUGAAACAACUGGAGUAUAUAUUUGUGAUAGUAGUUUUGAACAUUUUAUACAUGUCCAGUCUCAAGGUAUUGAACAGUGUGCAGGAAUGUUUUCUGCUUUAAAGUGGACAUAUUCGGUAAGCUUUAAAGAGUUUGCUUCAUGCAUCAGUUGCUGCCCUAUUAUUCAUAAUUGUAAACUACUUGUUUUAAAUAAAGUUGUAUACAAAUGUC